UUCAUCCACAUAAAAUCCCAAGCUGCCAUUGGAGAGCCCGUUGGCAAGAGCGAACAGGACGCAGACGCAGGAGAUAUCGCAGGAAGGCGCCCGACGAACGCAGUGUCCAUCACUUCAGCUCAUGUAACCAGACAGCGUAUGUUGGAGGCAGUUAUUUAACAAAAGCAACUUCGUUAUAAAAAAGAUACAAAAGAAGGCGAGAAAAUGGGACAUACCGCAAUAUUGAUGGCUGUAUUGUCCUACUGCGUGUUGGAAAACGUCGAGGCUCUAGCCAUGACCGAGGUGAACGGGCCAGGCCUCCAGGUGGCAGAGCCGCAGAUUGCCAUGUUCUGUGGCCGUCAGCUGCUGCACAUGAACCUACAGACUGGCCAGUGGGAGCCGGAUCCUCAGGGCCGUCCGGGCUGCUUCAAAGAGCCUGGUGAAAUCCUAUCCUACUGUCAAGAGAUGUACCCAGCACUUCCGAUCUCCCAUAUAGAGGAGUCAAAAAGACCUGUCACCAUCCCCGCCUGGUGUAAGAAAGGUUGGGGCCACUGCCAGACACACCCCUUCAUAGUCCUGCCCUACCGCUGUCUAGAGGGCGAGUAUGUGAGCGAGGCCCUGCUGGUGCCCGACCGAUGCCGUUUCCUCCACCAGGAGCAGAUGGAUGCUUGUGAGAGUUACGUGUACUGGCACAACAUUGCUAAGGAGGAAUGCACUGCAGACAAUCUGGAGCUCCACAGCUACGGGAUGCUGUUGCCGUGUGGAGACCAUUUCCGCGGGGUCGAGUAUGUGUGCUGCCCAGGCCGAGGCAGUUCAGGCGGUAAAGGAGAGACGGAGGAAAGAGAAGUCCCCGCUGGUCCGCAGACUCUCACAUCCCAGACCAGUGAAAAACUCAACUCUGUCACCAAAGUGACAGCCCCCACUCCGAGCCCCUCUCCUGACACAGAUGUGGACGAGGCCGAUAUGGAAGAGGAGGAUGAUGAAGUGGUGGAAGAGGAGGGGGAGGAGGAAGAGGAAGAGGAGGAGGAGGAAGUUGAUGAGGAGGAGGUAGAAGAAGAAGAAGAAGAGGAAGAGGAGGCCAUACCUGUUAAAGAUCCAGAGGAGUAUGAAUACCCCAUUGACUCAGGCCCCUACCAGACAUCAGACUAUCUGGACUCUUUCUACUACAAGAAAAGCCAUAAACCCACCACCUCUGCACCUCUGAUGAAGGGAGACAUCUUGACUACACCUCGGCCCACAGAUGGCGUUGAUGUUUAUUUCGAGAAGCCAGUGGAUGACACUGAGCAUGCCAACUUCCUGCGUGCCAAAACAGACCUGGAAGAGCGCAGAAUGAAGCGCAUCAAUGAGAUCAUGAAGGAAUGGGCAGAGGCAGACAACCAGUCAAAGAAUCUGCCAAAGUCAGAUCGACAGGCCCUGAAUGAGCACUUCCAGUCUGUGCUGCAAACGCUGGAGGAACAGGUCGCUGGAGAGAGACAGAGGCUGGUGGAGACUCAUCUUGCCAGAGUGGAGGCCAUACUUAACAACAACCGCCGCCUGGCCCUGGAGAACUACCUCACUGCUGUACAGUCUGAUCCCCCUCAGCCAGAGCGCGUGCUGCAGGCUCUGAAGCGAUACAUGAACGCAGAGCAGAAGGACCGCAGACACACACUCAGGCAUUACCAGCAUAUUGUGGCUGUCGACCCCCAGAAGGCUGAGCAGAUGAAAUUCCAGGUGUACACACAUCUCCAUGUAAUUGAAGAGAGGAUGAACCAGAGUCUUGCGCUGCUGUACAAGGACCCUACCUUGGCUGAGGAGCUGCACAAUGAUAUCCAGGAGCUGGUCAAGGCAGAAAGAGGAGACAUCAGUGAGCUCAUGACCACCUCCUUCUCCGAGACCCGCACGACUGAGGAGCUUCUGCCGGCUGAGAGCGAGGAGGAAAAGGAUGAUGAAGAGGAAGAGGAGAGAGCCUUCCAGAACAGGCCUUAUCCUCCGCGCAUUGAACUGCAGUCUAAUAAGAAAGUGUCUGCAGUCGAUGAAUAUGACUAUACCACAUCUGAGAGAGGCCCUACUUAUGAAUAUGAGGAAAAGAUCAACACCUCUGUGGAGCUCAAGCAGGUAGUCAACAAGCCUCCUGAGAUCGAAAGAGACGAACUGCAACCCGACGCCUUGGAGACGUUUAACCGUGGCGCCAUUGUAGGGUUGCUCGUGGUGGCCGUGGCAAUUGCCAUGGUGAUGGUAAUCAGCUUGCUGCUGGUGCGCAGAAAGCCAUAUGGCACUAUCAGUCAUGGCAUCGUAGAGCAGGUUGACCCUAUGCUGACGCCAGAGGAACGACAGCUCAACAAAAUGCAAAACCAUGGCUAUGAAAACCCUACCUACAAAUUCUUUGAACAGAUGAACUGAGGUACUGGGGCUGCCAACAAGUCAUGCCUGACCACUUGUUUUGUCGUCCCCCUCCCCCAGCACCCCCACUCUUCCUUACAGUGGUGUCCCAGCUACACUCCCUUUGACGGAUUUAUGAUAUGUUGCAAACAUGAAAUAACUGAAUAAGUUAGGGGAACCUAUUGUAAAUGACCAACAACAACCUGUCAUCACUACUAGAAUGUGAAUAAUAACAUAUGCCACAUAUAUAUAAUGCCACAGCGUUUCAUAAUCCUGAAAACAUUCACCUCAUAGACAGGAAAACCAUCCCAGUGGCAUGACUUGACCCAUUGCUCCUCACUAGAUGUGAAGUUGAACGGUACAUAAUGCUUUAUAGUAUUUAUUUUUUAGUAGUAGACUCUUUCGUUCAAAUUGUACCGCAGAUAUGAUGUUUCUGUGUAAAUGAGUGUGAGUGACAGCCUAGUUAAAUGAUGGUGUAAUUCUCAAUUUGAAACCCACUCAGUGAUAAAAGGGCAAUUACAAAGUUCUUGUCAAGCUGUCCUUAUCUCCAUGAGCUACUGUAACAUUGGACAAUACCUCUAAUAUUAAGACAUGAACAUUAAGUGAGGAUGUGGCGGUGUUUACUUUGAAUGUGUGAGACAUUUAGGUUUUCAUUUUAAAACAUACAGAACUAUGUUCUGGUACAAAAACAAUAUUUUUUAAUUGUAAGGAUCUGCUCUCAUUAUUAUUAUUAAUUAUUUGGCCAAAUAUACCAAAUAUUCCAUUUAGCUAUUUUAGUCAGUGAAUGAGUUUAUUUUAUUUGUACUGCUACCUAAAUAACUGUAAACAGAAUAAUCAGAAGUCUGUUAUGUUAAUGAAAGCAUGACAACUUGGUGUAUGAUACUGCUGUAUUUAUUUGUGCUGUUCUUGUCAUUGCUUUUGAAAAGUUGGAAAUUUCACCGUUCAAAAUGGACACUGUAAAUAACGUAAGAAAUACAUACUACUAGAUGUAGACAUUUCUAUGAUUAAUUUGCAUCGAUGUUAUGGAAUAAUACAUAAAACUAGUACAUUGUGCUGUUGCGAGAAGGAGAAACAUUUUCCUAACAUGGCUGAUUGAAAACGGACUGUUGUAAAAACCAGCACAAGACAACGACACAGUAACUUUCUGAAUGUAUUUAAGGUAGACAUUGAGAUUCCAUCUUCUUUUUCAGUAAUGCAUCAUUCCUAGACCUAAUAGACCUAAUAGGAGUAGUGAAGUUCAACACAUCCAACAGACAGAAUACAUGCGUGGCGUCCUUCUCAUCACUUCCUGUAGCAGCCUGUUCAUUUUCACAUUUGGCAGAUGCUUAGGCGUGUUAUAAUGCACAGAGCAGCGGAGUGUAAAAGCCACAGCUAUAGUGAUGUGAAGUGUCAGUGUGUGUAGUAAGACCACACUCAGGCAUGAUAGUAGUAAAACAUGUUGUAUGUCUUUAAAUCUCCCAGUUUGACAAUUUUGGACUCAACAACAUUAAAUGUUAGUACUCUAUAGAUGCUAUAUUUAAGUUACUCUCUUCUUAAAUAGCUUUUCACUGAAUGACUCAUUGUAGUUUGUCAUAUGUAUGAUCAACAUAGUACCCUGUAGGUAAAGAAGAAAGGGAUUGCCCCUUUUUUUCUGGCUGAUUGUUAACUGCUUAGUGUGUCAGGUAGAAUUUCCUUUAGCCACUUCUAUCAGAACAUCUUGGUUAAGGAAGUUCACAUUGUGGGAUUUUGCUUUUUGUUUAUCAGUCUUUACGUAACUAUGCUAUAGUAGAGAUAAUCCAUACCAAAAUUAGUUCAUAUUUUAUUUAUUUUUUACUGGUGGAAGUUUUCUUUAAAACCCUGCAUUUGUCCAUUCAAUGUAAAAGUUGUUUACUUAUAAGUUGUGGGGUUUUUUUUUGUAAAGUUUGCUUUGCAAUAAGCAAAAAGGAGUUUGACUAUCGGAGGUGUGAUUUAACAUUAAUCUUCAGUUUUUCUCGUUAGGCAGGUUAAUUGCAGGUUGCGGUUGUGUUAUGACAGGUGAAGAGAAGUCAUAGCCCUUGUAUAAUUUGUACAGCUACGUAAGUGAAUGAAAACGUUGUAUGUUCACAGUUUAAGUCAGUUGAUCUUGUAAUGAUACUACUGAAACCAUAGAUGAGAAUAAGCUUGCCUGUGUUUCCCAAACCACUGAAGGUUUCCUACCAGCAUUUAGCAGACUUAGAAUGGUGUAUACUGUAGUUAAUCAAAUCACAUUUGUACGUACGUCCUGUCAAAUUCUGGACUUCUUUGUUGGUCUGUCCCCUUACUUCCCGGCGAAAUAUAAACAAUGUUAUUGAGAUUUUAAUUGCUGCAUUAUUGCCUUUUACAAUGCUGUGUUUUGGAUGUAAUUAUUCUGUAUUUUUUAUUUCUAUGUAAUAAUCAGUUGGAUCAAGGGUCAUGCUUUUCACCUGUAAUGUAAAUUUAGAAGCUUGUAUGAGAAAACAUUGACAAGUUUAUAACAUUCAGAAAUGUGAAGUAUAGACAGACAUAAUGGCCUCUGCCUAAUUGACAAGGAGUGGCAUUAAGCACAAGUAGAACCAAAUUACUCAAUUUGUGUACAGGUUGCUAAAUGUUAGACAUUGAUUCUGUCUGUCUGAUUUCAAUUAUACCGCAUUGAUUCUAGGGAUGUUGAUAGCACCAUUGAGAGAGCUGUUCUUCAUCUUCAUUCAGACCUUUAACCAAAGACAUGCUCCACAAAUAAGCAGACAGUCAUUCCUAUUUGGCAAAGAUGUUCUCUGUUGUGUAACUGUAUUUGCAAGCAAUCUGAGAAAUGAAAACUAGUCAAGCUAAUUAAUAGUGUAAUAAAAAUGAAUGACCCAUAAAA